CGCACUCAUCACUAUUCAUCGUUAUUCGCCGUAAAGCCGAUGAUUUAGAACAGCAAAUUGAUUUAUAUUGUCAUAUUUGCGUUCACGGAGGUGUUUGAACGCGCUGAGCGCGAGCUCGCGUCGCGUGACCGCCGCUUGAUCAACAUCCGGCUCUGUACAGUGGUGGUUCAGCGGACCUGAGGGAGAACAUGUUGGCCUGGUUUGUGCUGCUGUGUGCUCAGCUGAUGUUCGGCUGGGUCCGCGCGUCAGAACUCACCUUCGAGCUGCCAGACAACGCCAAGCAGUGCUUCUACGAGGACAUCACCAUCGGCACCAAGUGCACACUGGAGUUCCAGGUGGUCACCGGCGGUCACUAUGACGUGGACUGUCGUCUGGAGGAUCCGGACGGGACGGUUCUCUAUAAAGAGAUGAAGAAGCAGUACGACAGCUUCACCUUCACCGCCUCCAGGAACGGCACCUUCAAGUUCUGCUUCAGCAACGAGUUCUCCACCUUCACGCACAAGACCGUGUACUUCGACUUUCAGGUCGGCGACGACCCUCCGCUUUUCCCCAACGAGAACCGAGUGACGGCUUUAACACAGAUGGAAUCCGCCUGCGUCUCCAUUCACGAGGCCCUGAAGUCCGUGAUCGACUAUCAGACGCACUUCCGUCUGCGAGAGGCUCAGGGCCGCAGCCGAGCCGAGGAUCUGAACACCAGGGUGGCCUUCUGGUCCAUCGGGGAGGCCUUCAUCCUGCUGGUGGUCAGCAUCAGUCAGGUGGUUCUUCUCAGGAGCUUCUUCUCAGACAAGAAAACCACUACAACCCGCGUGGGAUCGUAACUGGGUCACCUCCAAGGGUUUUUAUACAAAUGAGUUACUUAAACAAACUCCUUGAGCUUGUUUUCUUUAGUCCUGUGUGUGAUCCUCAGCUCAUAUCCAGCAGAAUAUGUCAGCGCUGAAAAUUAAACUGCUUUAUUUAUUUUGUGGCUGUGUGUUGACUCUUUACAUGUAUGUGAAUGUUGAAGGAUGUACAGACACUGUAGACCUGCCUGACACACCAGUGCAGUUAAUACUCGUCUGAUUGUAUCAUCAUCAUCAUCUUCAUCACUCGAGACUUAGUUCAGUUUGAAUGCGAGAGAGCUUUAUUUGCUUUAUGUUGUACAAAACAGGCAUCCUUGCUCAUGUUUCCUAGUCGUCGUUUUCUUUUCAUGAUGUUGGUGUAAUUGGUGUUUUUUUAAAUUUUUUUUUAUUAGGUGUUUCUUUUUAUUAGCGGUGCAUUGAUUUCUUGUUUGAAUUGGUUAAUAAAUGUCUGGAGGAAAGUCUCAAAGAAUCUUACAGUUCUUUCUUUUUAAGUGCAAAUCUUAUCAAGUAUAAUUUAUUUUAAGAUGCAAGAAGAGAAAUGCACUGCACAGUGACUCUGAUCAGCUGAGGUGGAUUAAAAGGUUUUUUUUGUUUUGUUAUAUCUCUGAAUGCGUAUUGACUCCAUCCAUUCAUUCAGAUGUGGAUCUGUUUGUGCAUAAACUAUAGCAAAACUCACCGGUUUAAAGGAUUGUUUCACGCAUUACACUAGCCUAGAUUGUAAUAGCUCAUAAAGCAUAACUCUACAGCAGAUCUCUUUGCUCUUUAAUGCUCAGUCAUAUGCCAGAUUACACUGCACUGAAGCGCUUCUGAAGCGGCAUUUAGGUCUUUACACAGACUGUUUAAUGCUGCUCAGAGGUGGCAUAAAUGCAUGUAUAGUUUUGAUACUAGAGCCUGAGCAGUCAUAAUUUAGCCUGGCUUUGAUGUAGAAUUGCAUCUUUACACUUGAAUUCUGAGCAGCCUUAACUCAGCUGUGUAAUGCAUUUAUGUCUCCUAAUCAGCAUUAAACAAAAUGUGUAAAGACACCUAAAUGCCGCUUCAGAAGCGUUUUUGUGCUGCCUUUGCAGUGUAAAUUUGACAUCGGCUGUGUAAAGAUAAUUAUGAGUGUGUACAGGUUUCUUCAAUAUUGAGUCACUGCUUAUGGUCUAAAUCACAUUCGUUUGCAUUUAGCAUGAAAGCAAAUGUUUUCUUUGUACAGUUCCCACAGUUGUAAGAAAAAUAAAGCAGAAACGUGGAAUCGA